AUGAGUCAAUAUUGUCUUAUCAUAAAACUUGAUCAAACGAAGGAAGAUAAUGACUACAACAUAAGUUUUGGUAAAGAUUGGAAGCAAUAUACAGUAGACUUGCUAAACGGUAAAGGGCAGAGUGACAUUGAUAUUUAAGAUCUGAUGAGCAAAGAUCUAGACUCUCUCUUAAGUAUUGUAGCAGCAUAAAGUGAGUCAAAAUAAGAUGUAAAUAGAGGUGCAGUGUCCACUCAUAAUAAAGGUUAGAUAUUUGAGCAGAGUUUGGUUCAAGCUAUAUCAAAGAUCUACUAUAAGAAAAAUAGAAAUAUCAUCUAGAAGAGAAUAUCUAGAAAACAAGAAAUAUUCUGGAGUGAAAAUAACAAUUCUUUCUUAAAGAAAUUAAUUCUAAUUAAAUUUAGCAAGAAUGAAAAGUCUGAGCAGAUGAAACAUCCUGGAAAGAUGAUAUAGUUACAAAUGAUUUUCUUAUGA